CAGGUGACUGUCAAUGUCAAAAUUAAAUAAAACUUGUCAAGAUGGCACGUCAGCAGGAUGUUGACGAACUUUUUGAUGUUAAAAAUGCAUUUUAUGUUGGAAAUUAUCAACAAGCUAUCAAUGAGGCACAGAAUGUAAAUCCUUCGUCACCAUUAAUAGCACUGCAGCGAGACACAUUCCUAUACCGUUCUUACAUAGCUCAAGGGAACUUCCGGAUUGUUCUGCAAGAGCUGAAGACUGCAGAUCCACUGUUGCAGCCGCUGAAGACACUGGUGGAUUAUUUGUCUCCGGGAGCAAAUAAACCAGCUAUUGUUGCUGAUAUUGAUGCUAGGGUAGCCAAAGGCACGGAGCUAGCGAAUGACAUAUUCCUGAUUGUGGCUGCUACUAUUUACUACCACGAGGAUAACUACGAGGCAGCUCUCAAAAUUCUCCAUGGAGCCGAGUCACUGGAGCUACGAGCGUUCACACUGCAAUGUCUCCUCGCAAUGAACCGACCGGACCUCGCCCGCAAGCAACUCAAGUUGCUGCAAGAUAUAGAGGAUGAUGGCACUCUUACGCAGCUGGCGCAAGCCUGGCUCAAUUUGUCACAGGGCGGGCCGGGCGUGCAGGACGCGCACUACAGCAUCAUGGAGCUGGCGGAGCGGCUCGGCGCGCUGGGCGCGGGGCCGGCCGCCGUUGGCGCUGCCGCCGCUGCCUCAAGAGGCAUGUGGGAGGAAGCUGAACAAAUGCUAACUGAAGCACAAGCCCGCAGUCCUCAGCAGCCCGAGCUGCUUCUGGGGCUGGCUGUCACUGCUGCACACAGCUCCAAACCGCCUGAGGUAUCAGCCCGUUAUCUAGCGCAGUUGUUGGACACGCACCCGGAGCACCCGUUCGCUCGCGAGUACAACGCGAAACUGAAUGAACUGAAACGCCUCACCGCGCAGUAUCAGCCCUCUGUGGCUAACUAAUUGUAGGGUAGUUUAUUAUAUAAUUAUAUCGCA